AUGCCUAGCACUUCGCUACUCGCCUUGCUGGCGGCCUUCGCCCCAACUGUGUUGUCCCAGGACAACACCAGUUAUGUGGACUACAAUACCGAGCCACAACCGAAUCUUUACCCCGAAACGAUGGCAAAAGUCGAUUUUGCUUUCCCAGACUGCUCCAAUGGUCCACUCAGCAAGACAAUUGUCUGUGACACCACCGCAAAGCCACACGACAGAGCGGCUGCCCUUAUUUCCAUGUUCACCUUUGAAGAACUCGUGAAUAGUACUGGAAACGUCAUUCCCGCAAUUCCUCGGCUGGGCCUUCCACCUUACCAGGUUUGGAGCGAAGCUUUACAUGGUUUGGAUCGAGCAAAUCUUACCGAAUCCGGGGACUACAGCUGGGCUACCUCGUUCCCAUCCCCCAUCCUCACCAUGGCUGCCCUGAACCGCACCUUGAUCAACCAAAUCGGUCAAAUUAUAUCAACUCAAGGCAGAGCAUUCAAUAAUGGGGGUCGGUAUGGGCUCGAUGUGUAUGCACCAAACAUCAAUUCCUUCCGCCACCCAGUGUGGGGCCGUGGACAGGAAACUCCAGGCGAGGAUGUCCAACUUUGCUCAGUUUACGGACUUGAGUACAUAACAGGUGUUCAGGGUGGCUUGGACCCUAAGGAUCUGAAAUUAGCGGCAACAGCAAAGCAUUACGCUGGCUAUGACCUCGAGAAUUGGGACAAUCAUUCAAGACUGGGAAAUGAUAUGAGCAUCAGCUCAUACGACCUAGCCAGCUAUUACACCCCUCAGUUUGUCACAGCAGUGAGGGAUGCAAGAGUUCACAGCGUGAUGUCAUCGUAUAACGCAGUCAAUGGCGUUCCUUCAUCGGCCAAUUCUUUCUUACUCCAAACCCUCCUUCGUGACACCUGGAACUUUGUCGAGGAUGGCUAUGUUUCUUCUGACUGCGACGCUGUCUACAAUGUCUUCAACCCCCAUGGAUAUGCCUCCAGUGCCUCGCUCGCUGCGGCAAAAAGUAUACAGGCAGGGACAGAUAUUGACUGUGGGGCGACGUAUCAACUCUAUCUGAAUGAGUCGGUCUCCCAGGGCGAGAUUGCCCGCAGUGAGAUUGAACGUGCUGUCACUCGUUUCUAUUCUAACCUCGUCAGUCUGGGCUACUUCGAUGGCAACAACAGCAAAUACCGAGAUCUUGAUUGGUCUGACGUUGUGGCCACUGAUGCAUGGAACAUUUCAUACGAGGCUGCCGUAGAAGGAAUUGUCCUUCUCAAGAAUGAUGGCACUUUACCGCUGUCCAAGAACACCCGCAGUGUUGCAUUGAUUGGGCCAUGGGCAAAUGUAACAACUACAUUGCAAGGAAAUUACUAUGGUGCAGCGCCCUAUCUUACCGGUCCGCUCGCUGCCCUACAGGCCUCCGACUUCGAUGUCAACUACGCCUUUGGCACCAAUAUUUCCUCAGAGUCCACUUCUGGGUUUGAAGCUGCUCUAUCGGCUGCGAGGAAGUCUGAUGUAAUCAUCUUCGCCGGUGGGAUUGACAACACGGUUGAAGCAGAGGGGGUGGAUCGCGCAAACAUCACCUGGUCUGGUAACCAGCUCCAGCUGAUCGAUCAGUUGAGUGACCUGGGCAAGCCAUUAGUUGUUCUACAGAUGGGCGGUGGCCAAGUGGACUCUUCGUCGCUCAAGGCCAACAAGAACUUUGGGGUGGCUACCCGGGGCAAUCCGGGGGGUCCUGCCAUUCUGGACAUUCUCACUGGAAAGCGUGCACCGGCUGGUCGUCUGACAGUUACCCAAUACCCUGCUGAGUAUGCUCUUCAAUUCCCUGCUACGGACAUGAGCUUGCGCCCCAAGGGCAACAACCCUGGGCAGACCUAUAUGUGGUAUACAGGCAAGCCAGUUUACGAGUUUGGUCAUGGGCUGUUCUACACAACAUUCAAGGCAUCACUGCCCGACUCCCACGGGACCAAUAAUGGAGCUUCCUUCGACAUUGUGAAGCUUCUCUCACGAUCAAACACUGCAUACAACGUGGUCGAACAAGUCCCGUUCAUGAAUUACACCGUCGAAGUUAAGAACACCGGUGAUGUCGCGUCUGACUAUACCGCUAUGGCCUUCGUCAACACAAAAGCUGGACCGAGCCCGCAUCCCAUCAAGUGGCUGGUUGGCUUUGAUCGCCUUGGUGGAAUUGGUCCCCAAGCCACUCAGACCAUGAAAAUUCCCAUCUCACUGGACAAUGUGGCUCGCACCGAUGAGAAUGGUAAUCGCAUUGUGUAUCCCGGCAAGUAUGAACUUUCGUUGAACAAUGAACGUUCGGCCGUGCUGUCAUUCACUUUAACUGGUGAUGCGACCACCAUUGCUACUUGGCCAAAGGAGAAACAACUUGUUCUUCCUUCGUGA